GAGCGACCUCAGUAGCUCUGGCUAACCUGGCGCGCGCCACAGCGCGCAGGGGGUUAAAGAGUUGGCACGGAGUGGAGAGGCGGAGACGCACUCUCAUAGGUGGAAAGUUAUCCAGGGGCGUGGCAUGUGAGUCUGUACCCCACCCCCUUCCCGCAACCCCCCUUUCCACUUUGUACCUUUCUCGCCCCGACUGCGAAGCGGGCCGGGACCGGCCGGGCCAGACCAGACCAGACCCCGGGGGCGAUGCGGCUGCUGCCCCUGCUGCGGACUGUCCUUUGGGCCGCGCUCCUUGGCUCCCCUCUGCGGGGGGGCUCCAGCCUCCGCCACGCUGUCUACUGGAACUCCAGUAACCCCAGGCUGCUGCAGGGGGAUGCCGUGGUGGAGGUGGGCCUCAACGAUUACCUGGACAUCUUCUGCCCCCACUACGAAGGCCCAGGCCCCCCAGAGGGCCCUGAGACGUUUGCCUUGUACAUGGUGGACUGGCCAGGCUACAAGGCCUGCCGGGCGGAGGGGCCAGGUGCCUUCAAGCGCUGGGAGUGGGCCUUCCCCUUCCCCCCCUUUGGCCCUGUUCCAUUCUCAGAGAAGAUUCAGCGCUUCACACCCUUCUCCCUUGGCUUCGAGUUCGUGCCUGGAGAGACUUACUACUACAUCUUGGUGCCCACUCCGCAGAGCCCUGGCCAGUGCUUGAGGCUCCAGGUGUCCGUCUGCUGCAAGGAGAGAAAGUCCGAGUCUGCCCAUCCUGUUGGGAGCCCUGGAGAGAGUGGCACGUCCGGGUGGCGAGGGGAGGGUGCUCCCAGCCCCCUGUGUCUCUUGCUGCUGCUGCUGCUCCCAAUUCUGCGUCUCCUGCGAGUUUUGUGAGCCAGCGGCUCUCCUUGCCACCCCACGGAGCCUGAGACCCUCAGGAGGAAGGGCCCCUGCCACCUGCGCUAGGAGUCCCUGCCAGACAGACGAGAUGGACACUGACGAGGGAGGCCAGAGGGCCUGAGGGGACCUUUGCAGGUGCCUGCCCCCUCAGCACAGGCGGAAGAAGAGUAAGGAGAGCACUGCAGACAGCCUGGGCAACCCGAGCAGAGGCCAGACAGACAUUCAUAGGGCUCUGUCACUGCUUCCAUGGCCUCAUCCCAUCCCCCUGGAAGACUGGGAUUUGGGGGAUCGGAUCCUGCAGCCAGCUGGCGGCCAAGGCUCAAGACCUGGGGAAAGGUGGAUUGCUGGAGCAGGGCAGUCCUGCUGUCCGCCCUGUAGACCCUCUUCCUGGGACACCUUGCCCUCCUCAGGGGGUUACUCACUUGUCUUCUAUGAAGACGGACUCACCAUGAGGUUCAAUUUCAUGCUAAUUUGUAUUUUUAUAAGUGUCUGGACCAAACCUGCAAUAAACUGCCCAUCUUUUUG